AUGGAGGACCGGAGCGGCCAGAUACUCGCUCUCAAUAUUGUUUUUAUGACAGUUACUACGAUUGCCGUUUCUCUUCGCGUCUAUUGUCGAGGAUGGAUUGUACGAUCGUUUGGGAUCGACGACCACCUCAUGGUCGUCUCUUGGCUCGCAUUUACCGCAUACCUCAUCUCUCAGCACGUCGGUAUCUCAUACGGGACCGGGAAAAGCCGUGAUAUGUUAAGUGCCAGUGAUAAUAGAAAUGCGCUUCUGACGUGGUAUGUGUGCGAAUUAUUCUACGUCUUCUGCACCUGCGUGGUGAAGGUAUCCGUUGGAUUUUUCUUAUUACGCGUAGCAAUCGAUAUCAAGCAUAUAUGGAUCCUUCGGCUCUCCAUAGCGUCAACAGUGGUCUUUAGUAUCGCCUUCUUCUUCAUUGGCGUGUUUCAAUGCAACCCAAUCUCCGCAUAUUGGGAAAUAUAUCCUGGGAUUGAAGGCUACUGCAUUCCAGAAAGAACCAUCAUCAUCAUGAACUAUGUUGGUUCAUGUUUGAACUGUAUUGCAGAUUGGACUUUCGGAAUCUUGCCUGCUUUUAUUGUUUGGUCGUUGAAGAUGCCGCUGAAGACCAAGAUUCUGGUCAUUGUUCUUCUAAGUUUUGCUGCCAUUGCGAGCACAGCCACGCUUGUCCGAUACAAGUAUGUUAAUACUCUAUCAGAAGGUCGGAACUUUCUAUUUGCCACCGCCGACAUUGCAAAUUGGAGCACCGUCGAAGUCGGCGUAGGCAUUACUGCCGCGUCCCUCGCGACUCUCAAGCCUUUGUUCCGACUUAUAAGCUACAAAGUGGGCCUAACCAAUACUGGGCUAUAUAAGAAGCACCAGCGCGCCACCUGUCCCUCCAAAACCACCACAAUUUAA